AUCCUUUGGGAGUCCCCAGCAACACUUGUUCUGGUCUUUGCCGUGGCGCUGAGCUUUGUGGUCAAGCAUCCCGAGCUGCUGGGCGUGGCCAGCCACUGGCCCUCCGUCUCCGAGCCGGUGGCGCAGCUGUUCGCAUUGGAUGAGCCGCUGCCCCGCAGCUUGGCCUUCGAGUCUCUGUUCAACGCUUUGGCGCGAAAGAGCGGCAGGCCCUGCAUUGUGGCCCCCAGCGACGUCCACGCGCUGCACGACAUCUUCGGCACCCAGCGGAGCUUGGGCAGCUGCGAGCGCGAGGAGAGCCUGACUGGACUGUGGCCGCAGGCAGUGGAUUCUCUGACGAAGCGCUGGUCUUGGCUCGUCCAAAGAUGGCGGCCAUCGCUGGUUGAGGCCACGCUGCUGGAGCUCCUGGCGCAGCACCGCGGCUUCCUGGAGCUGGGCCUGGCGGCCCUGGAGCUGGUGCCCGCCAGCGAGGCUGUGCAGGCCAUUGGGAACGACAGCCGUCCCGAGGCGAUGGUGGCUCAGGAGCUGCGGGUGGCGCGCGAGGCGGUCAGCUGGCUGCGGCAAAGUGGGCCGGAGCUGGUGGCGCUGGUGGGGGAGCUGUUCACCGCACAGGUGCUGGGCGUGCAGCAGGCCGCCUGGCUGGCGCGGAACUUCCGCGCCUUGCUGCUGGGGGAAGGCGGCGCCCUCCUCUUCGGCCGGUUUCGAGGGCGGCCGCACCCCCUGCUGCUGCACCAGAGUGCUGAGGCGACCACCGCCCUGCUGCGGAGCAUUUGGAUCGACCAGAAGAACAUGGCAGACGAAGGUCCCGAGCUUGAGAAGCAGGUGGAGCAAGCCUCGGAGGCCGGCAGCCUCUCGGAGCUGCUGAUGAAGACGGCGGUGGACGAGUCCUGGGUACUCCAGAUGCAGAGCCUUGCCCUUGGCCUCCCCUGGUUGCCGGAUGUGCCAGCGUACAGCGGGAUGCAUGGCAUUUCACACGAGGAGCUCAGCAGCCUCACGGGCCCGGAGAAGGAGUCCCUGCUGUCGCCGUUCACCAUCCUAAGUCGAGACCAGGCCGGCGGCUGGCGAACAGAGCCGCUCUCGGAGAACUCUUACCUGGGUCCAGUGGUGGCCAACAUCUCGGCUUUGCUUUCCGCCCGGGUCAAUGCCCGGCUGCCCGAGCUUGGUAAGGCACUGCAGCAAGGAUUUGCCAAAGAUGUUUGCGGAGUUGUAUGCAAGACCAUAGCUGCCAUCAACGAUGCGCCUACCGAACAGCAUUUAUGGGCGUCUCUAUGUCCAACUGCCGGCGAUGCGCGUGAUGUGUGGAAACCUCCCGUCACGCUGGUCUUGGGAAUUGCUGCCGUCCUGCCACAGAGAGCAGUGGAGGGGCUGGUGGAGCUGGUGCCUGAUUUGAGGGCCUUGUGGGAAGAUGCAGCUUUGCGCCUGACACAACGAAGUUUGUCGCUACCAGUCGGCGCCCUCGAUGGCUGCCGGUCAUCGGUCGUUGCGGUUUGGCCUCAACAUGUGGCCGGCGGUGCUGGUGUGAUGCAAGAUCCGCAUGUGCUGCAUUUCCUGGGUGGGGCUUCCAUUGUGAUGAUGGACGUGGCAACACUGAAAUGCAGCGGACGCUGGGCCAACGCUUCCAGAACACUGGGUGGUCCGAAAGCGCUGCACAUGCGGAGUUGCUUGCGCAGCAUCGCGGCGACACACUUUGCAGCUCUGGCUGGGCCCUGCCCGGAGAUGCUCGUUGGAGCGCAGCAAAUCGUCGGCAGCUCAUCGGACCUGCCGCCCGCCUGGCAGCGCCUGGCGCUGAAGCCGCCGGCCGCGACGCGGGGAACGGCGCUGGGGGCCUUUGGCGCCUGGUGGCCCGCGCUGCGGCAGCUCUGGGCCGAAGCCGGAGCGAUCCUUGCCUGUGGCAGCAGCCCAGGCGCUGAGGGCUGCUGCUGGGCCGUGGUGGGGCGCCUGGCUGAUGAGCUUCGACCCUGGGAGGACUUCACAGGCUCCGACUCCCCAACGUUGCUCAGUGCCACGCUGCUCCUUGGCUGGCUGGCGAUGGAGAAGGUGUUGUACUGCGAUGACUGGGAGGAUGCAGCCACUGGCGAGAUUCAGUGCUCCUGCGGAGCGCCACUGCCUGCUGAUGGGAAGCCGUCGGAGGUCAUGAACGGGCGCCUGAUUCCAGCAGCCCCCAGGGCUGCCCGCGCACUGCUGCAGCUCCUCGCAGAAGUGGUGGUUGCAGGCGAAGCAUCCAACGUGCAGAAGCUUUUCACCAGUACCAUGGCAAAUGAGGACUGGCAGGUUCUGUACAGCUGCGCUCUGCAGAUGGGCCCCCCCACCCGCCGGCACCUGCUGGUGGACCGCGGCCUCCACUUGCCCCCGGUUGCGCGCCAGCGUGUCGCCAGGUCUUCAGCAGCGCAGCCGUUGGAUGAGCUACUGGAACCGCCGAACAGUGACCCGAGCGCUCGACAGCACAGAGCAUCCACGUUGACCGUUUGCAUGUUGCCUUGGCAGACGUAUCUUUGCCCGAGCCUGGAGCCUUGCUCGAGCCCAAGCGACUAA